UUGCAAGGCACACCGCGCGCACAGCCCCGACUCCGCCGCGACUUCCAUCUCUUUCGCUCUCGCACGAAUCGUCGAACGGCGCGACAGAGACGGAAGUAUAUAAUAGCAGCAGAGGCAUCAUCGUCUACGUCGACCGAGUAGGCCGUGUGCGUAUAUAGUUGUACCUAUACAUCGCUGCAUCCGCGAUAUUUCAGUGUAGCCACGGCAGUAGCGCUGUGAAAGUGCAGAAUUAUCAUCGUCGGUCGACAGCCGAAAACGUCUCUCUCUCUUUCCCUCCUUCGCUCGUAGGCAGGCAGCAGCAGCAGUAUAUGCAGUGCUGAUACACAAGUUCGGAGCAGUGUGGCGUACAGAGGCGAGAAAAAGACGCUUUCGCGUUACAUCGGAGCAGCCGCACCCCGUCUGUGUAAUACUACGGAGUCGUUGUUGCCUCGUCGUUGCCUCCUCAUCGUCGUUCGCGCCUUCGGAGCUGCAAUUUAAAUCGAAACAAAAGUUCGUCUACGAGUGUGUGUGCUGAUUAGUGCGUGCAUGUGCAUCUGUCUCUCUGUGUAUGUGUGUGUGUGCAAAUUAAAAAAACGUGUUUGGUGGAUUGCGCGCGCGUGUAAAGUGCUCUACGUGUAAGUUGUAAGUCUUACUGUGUUGGUGUGCUACAGUCCUGUCUCAGUGUGUGUGCGUGCGUGUCCGUGUGUGUCUAUCGUACAUACCGUGGCUGGCUGCGAGCGUGAAACUGACUCCGUCUCGCUCGCUCUCGACUCUCUCGGAGUCAGUAGUCGGGCCCGAUAUAUACACUCCGAUCACCGAUGAGGAGCGAGUGUGUUGGCCUCAUCGUGCCUCCUAUUACCGUUCUGCUCCAGUACACGGCGACGCAUAGCAAUAAUUAGCUCGACCCGAGAGCAUCCACAAGCUACUACGCUCGCUGCAUGACCGAAAGCCCAUAUACGAGUCCACGCGAGCCAUGGCCAAGUGUUGUCGAGAAUGACACAUCGGUCGCUCCUACAGGCGCAAUGCUGCCGCCCAUAAUCCAAAGAUGUUCAUAAUCAGCGCUGCGUCAAACUAAUACGCUACCAACGAUCAACUUGCUCAGAGCUGCUGCAAGAGCAAGAGGAACAAAAACAGCCAAAAUUCCGUGCACCACUGUAGACAACAGCUCGUUUUUUACGAGUCACAUUUAAAGAAGAAUAAAAAGUGUAAAAAUGUUUCGCUGCAUACCGAUAUUCAAGGGCUGCAACAGGCAGGUCGAGUACGUGGAUAAAAGACAUUGCUCUCUAUCGACUGUGCCCGAUGAUAUACUGAGGUAUUCCAGAAGUUUGGAGGAACUUCUGCUUGACGGCAAUCAUAUCCGAGAUCUGCCCAAGAAUUUUUUUCGACUCCAGAGGUUACGAAAGCUCGGAUUAAGUGACAACGAGAUACACCGACUACCGCCCGAUGUACAAAACUUCGAGAAUCUCGUCGAGCUCGAUGUAUCUCGCAACGAUAUACCAGAGAUACCGGAAAAUAUUAAACAUCUUAAAAGCUUACAACAAGCCGACUUCAGUAGCAAUCCGAUUCCAAAGCUUCCAGCUGGGUUUGUGGAGCUAAGGAAUCUUACUACCCUUGGCCUCAACGAUAUGUCAUUAUCGCACUUACCUGCAAAUAUUGGAGGACUCGAAGCACUGACAUCGUUGGAGUUGAGAGAAAACUUACUCAAGACGUUACCCGACAGCCUGUCGCAACUUAAAAAAUUGAAGAGGCUAGAUCUUGGUGAUAAUGACAUCGAAGAAUUGCCACCACACAUUGGCAGACUCGAAUCGCUGGAGGAGCUCUGGCUGGAUCACAAUCAACUUCAGGCGCUUCCGUCAGACAUCGGUGAACUGAAAAGACUUAUGUGUCUAGACGUUUCGGAAAAUCGGCUAGAAAUUAUUCCCGAUGAAAUUGGUGGACUCGAGAGCCUCACCGAUUUGCAUCUGUCGCAAAAUAAUCUCGAAAAAUUGCCCGACGGUCUCGGUGAUUUGGGUAAUCUGAUGAUUCUCAAAGUGGACCAGAACAGACUGACCGCGCUCAAUCACAAUAUCGGCCGCUGCACCCAGCUACAAGAGCUCAUACUUACGGAGAACUUUUUACUCGAACUGCCCUCGACGAUAGGCAAGCUUGUUAAUCUCAACAAUCUCGCCAUCGAUAGGAAUAGCUUGCAGAGUCUGCCUGCGGAAAUUGGCAAUUUGAAAAGGCUCGGUGUACUAUCGCUGAGAGACAACAGAUUGCAGUACCUGCCAUCGGAAGUCGGCCAAUGCAGUCAACUUCACGUGCUCGAUGUGUCAGGCAAUCGACUACAAUAUCUGCCCUACUCGCUCGUCAAUCUCAAUCUCAAGGCCGUGUGGUUGAGCGAAAAUCAAGCUCAGCCUAUGCUGACUUUCCAAACCGACAUGGACGAAGAAACCGGAGAGGAAGUUCUUACGUGCUUCCUACUGCCACAGCAAGAGUUCCAUCCAAACGAGAGCUCGAGACUGGGUAUGAUGGUGAGCAUGAAAAACAGCACGAUGCAGUCUUCGCUGGGUGGCGGUGAGAUGCGCGAAGUCGGCGGCAACAGCAGCGACGAGGAAAAUUGGUCGUCGCCAGCGGAACGUGAUCAGAACAGAAGUCAUUCAGUCAAGUUUUCCGACGAGCCACCUGAAGCUGACAAAGAGACUCCGUUCGUGAGACAGAAUACUCCUCAUCCGAAAGAGUUGAAAGCCAAAGCUCACAAACUUUUUGCCAAGGGAAAAAACGAUACCUCGACAGAUGAACAGGACGUAUCGGUGACAUUUGGUUUGGACAAACUUCAGCAGGAAGAGUUGCAACAGCAGGAACAACGGACCCAAGAGCCGGUGAAAAUAGAAACGGCGGUGGCGAUUAACGGCACACCCGGACAAACUGCCAGUAGCAAACCCGAGGCCAUCGGUACGAUGGGUUCGUCGCAUGACUGCCACAAUGACGAGGAUGAUAAUGGCAACGAUCAGGACUACGAAGAUGAUGAUGAUCAGAGGAGACACGUAGAUUUUGUCUUGAGCGAGGAUCAAACCGACGAUGAAAGUAACGCGGGUAAACCGAACCGUCUACAUCGUCGAGAUACCCCGCAUCAUUUGAAAAACAAAAGAAUACAUGCUCCCGUCGACAAGGAUAAAGUUGCUUCGAUUAUUGCUCAGGCUUUGAAGAAAAAAGCGGACGAAACAACUGUACCGCCAUCGGCAGGUGCUACAAUGACAACUACUGGCUACGUUGCGACGUACGGUGAAACGGAAAAUGUCGAUGGGAAUAGUCAAGGUGCAUUGUCGGAUACCGAACCAUCGGUUGAGAUCAGAGAGGAGCAAUACGAGAUACAUAUCGAACGAACUACCGGUGGACUUGGACUCUCGAUAGCAGGUGGUAUCGGUUCAACGCCCUUCCGAGGCGAUGAUGAGGGUAUCUUCAUUUCCAAAGUGACAGAAGGUGGUCCAGCCGAUUUGGCAGGCUUGAGAGUCGGUGACAAAGUAUUAUCUGUCAAUGGCAUAUCGGUUAUCAGCGUGGAUCACUAUGACGCCGUUGAGGUUUUGAAAGCGUGUGGCCGUGUGCUCGUCUUGGUCAUUUUGCGCGAGGUCACAAGAAUUGUACCGCCAUCCGAACAGCUAUCCCUCAGAAAAGAUUCGGUGUGUUCAAGUAUGAGCACAAGUCGAGCACCCAGUGCGACGUCUUAUGUCUCUUCAACCACAUAUUCUCAUAAUCUCGAGAAUGGUGAUGCCGAUGAAACGAUAAAGAAAAAGAUUCCUGAGCCUUUGCCGGCGAUCAAAACUCCCGCUUACGACCCCUUAGUGCCCGUAUUGGUUCACACGACUCUGAUCAGAGAUCAAAAUGGAUUAGGCUUUAGCAUUGCCGGUGGUAAAGGAUCGCCUCCUCAUAAGCCAAAUAGUGAAGCCAUAUUCAUAUCGAAAUUGACCGAAGGUGGAGUUGCCCAAAGGGAUGGAAAAUUAUGUGUUGGCGAUAAAAUUGUAUCUAUAAACGGCGUCGAAAUGACAGAUGCUCGCCACGAACAGGCGGUCACUCUGUUGACUGGAUUGGAGAGAUUCGUACGAUUGGUCGUUGAACGCGAGAUACCCUUCUCUCAAGCAAGUCCAGCUAACUUGACGCCGUCGUCGACAGAAAAGUCACCACUUGUAAUCGGUGCGCCAAAACCCUAUACUGGACUCUACAGCGCCAACAGUUAUAUGGCCAAUCGGCCAGGAUACUUUCGUCGCUCGAUCGACGCUGAUAAGACCUUGUCAGCGGCCACUAGUCCAGUUUCCAAGAGUACAUCGGCUACUUCGCCACCACCCUCUGUAACAACACCGACUCCGGCAACGGCCCCGGUCAAUGGCAUUGCCAAGAUGAAUGGCCAAUUGGACGACUCAAAAAAAACGAGUCCAAGUAGUCAACUACCACCACCUCCACCUCAUCCUCAACCAGCUCCCAGGCAGAAUUUUGGUGCUAGCCAGCCUCAAUCGAAAACACAGUCCCCAACGGCGGCCACGCCCAGUCCUCCUGGUGACGAGCCGAAAAUUCAAGAUUCAGAGAUUCAGGUACCGAAGCCUAUCACCAACGAGGAUUUUCAGGCCAUGAUUCCCGAACAUUUCCUUCAUCAUCGUACUACUACUGUUGCCCAUCAUCAAAACAACAUCAACACAAACAAUACCCCGAAUUCGUCCUCACCCUCGCCAGAUCAAUCCUCUCAAAAAGCUACGGGGCCCACCGUCACUGUGACGAUCAAACAGCCCGAGACCGGAUUGCCCGGGGACUUACACUUUCCUCCGGCACCUACGACAAUUGGUAAAGUUACUGAAACCAUCACUAAGAGCACGCUCACCGAGACGGUCGUGACGCGCGUCACCGAUAACCAGCUCGUGAGGCCGCUCAUCAUCGAGGACGUUAUUCUCAUAAAAGAGGGUUCACUUGGCUUUAGCAUAAUCGGAGGAACAAAUCAUUCCUGCACGCCAUUUGGUUCAAAGGAACCAGGAAUUUUUAUAUCUCAUAUUGUCCCUGGCGGGAUUGCGGCCAAAUCUGGAAAGUUGCGAAUGGGUGAUAGAAUAUUAAAAGUUAAUGGUACCGAUAUAACCAAAGCGACUCAUCAAGAGGCUGUGACGGAACUUCUGCGAUCUGGCGAUCAAAUAAUUUUAACAAUUCAACAUGAUCCCUUACCAGAUGAUUACCAGGAACUCGUCAUUAUAAAAGAGCCUGGAGAAAAAUUGGGAAUGCACAUUAAAGGUGGCUUAAAAGGUCAACGUGGCAAUCCUAAAGAUGCAAAUGACGAAGGAGUGUUCAUUUCUAAAAUCAAUUCCGGUGGAGCUGCAAAACGCGAUGGUAGAUUAAAGGUUGGCAUGCGAUUACUUGAAGUCAAUGGCACAUCGUUGCUUGGUGCAACACAUCAGGAAGCUGUGAAUAUUUUGCGAAGUUCUGGAAAUGCUAUUACCCUAGUUGUUUGCAAAGGUUACGAUAAGUCCGAAAUGCAAGAUUCGACAAUGUCAAUCUCUGGACGAGAAUCCAAAGAAUCAAAAGCUUCAUCAAAAGAAUCGAAAGAUACCAUAACUGCAGAUGAUGCAAAAUCGUUGUCCCAGAGCGUCUCCAGUCUCGAUAGAGAUGAUGAGGAGGCGGCAACUUUGCGACAAGAGCAAGAAAUGAAAGCAGAAAUGGUUGCUUGGGAGCAAGAAGAUAGAGAACGUGCUCUGCUAGAGCAAAGAGGAAAAAUAACUCCAGACAAAGUUCUUGAUAUUGUGAGAGCAGCCGAAUCGCUUGUUAUCAAACCCAGCAGUCCUGUAGACUCCACAACACCUAUUCCUCCCAAGUCUCCCGGUGGUACAAAAGACUUAAAGACGACGACAAUCGUAAUGAGUAAACAUACGCUAGCACCACAAACACCACCGCCGUCGUCAAUGACGCAUUUAACACCACCCAAAGAUGAUCCAAGUGGAACCUUGGUCGACAGUCCAGUUCAGGCGCCAAGCGUAGGUCCGAUUUUUGUUUACCCGACGAUUAAAUCGGCUAUGCAUCAUUCGAGCAACGAUUCGCAAACUUUACCGUCGCCCAAGAAAAAGCGCGGAAUAAGUUUUGCCAAUCUGCCGUCGCCUUAUCGCUCGACGGCCUCCCGAUCGCUCGGAGAUGUGUCGCAGGGCAGUAACACUCUUACCGCGCCAAGUGGUAGAGGUUACAGGGUCAGUCCGAGCAGUCCAAAAUUCAAAUUACCCCCCACGCCGUUAACGAAUCCGGAUUUAACGAUUGUGGGCGUGGUGCAUGGUUCUGGUGAAGGUUCGGCCGAUGAAGCCGUUUGGUGUGAUGUGUCUAAUCCUGAAACAAGAGGUUUGAGACAACACGAGCCAAUGUCAACACCGUCUCCCACGCCUGUGGUACCACAAAAAUUAUCGGUGAGCGAUCGUAAACGUUUAUUCGAAAAUGCCAUGGAGGAACAUUUAAAACCAUCGCCAAAGCCGGAGAAAGUUUUCAGUUUUCUCAGCCAAGACGAGGUUGAAAAGUUGAAGCAAGAAGAAGAAAAGAAAAUUGCAACUUUAACGAGGGACGAGCUGAAAUCAUGGGCUCAGAUUGAUGAAAAUGAGGGCAUGGAAGAAGAAGAUCAGCGCCAUCACGAAGAUCAAGACAGUAGGAGACCAAAUAGUCGAUUAAGUUCGCGAUCGUCAGUACCUGUGCUCCAAAAUGUACCUAUAAGAACAGCGAAAGCUGAGAGAAGACUCAAAGAAAAGUUAAUUCAAGAGGGAUUACUUUCUGACGACGAUGACGAGAGUCAUUUAACACCAGCCGAACAAAGAGCUCUGAGAGCAGAGAAACGGGCGGCCUGGAGACAAGCAAGAUUGAAGUCUCUUGAACAAGAUGCACUGCAAGCGCAGUUAGUUAUAAAGAAAAUGAGCGAAAUGAUGGAUACGUCGCCUAGUAAAUUAGACGCUAUGAAGGACCUAGUCGAUAGUAGCGAACCAAUGCCGAUUGUAGAGAAUGUAGCAGAGCAUACCGACAACAAUACAAACAACAGCAUGGGAGUACUGAGGCCGUCUAGCGCGGAUUUUCCGAAACUAGCAUUGCGCAGCAAACUCGGACCGGCCCGAGCUGUACGCGAAUCAGAGAAAAUAGUCGACGAAAAGGUGACACGUCGUACUGAGGAGUACUUCGAUGAACUGACCGGUGAACGUCGUGUUCGCACGGUCGAAUACGUCGAGAAACUCAUCGAACGCGAGGUAGAGAUGCUGCGAGAAAAAAUUAUAUCGUUAGAGUUGAGUAAUAUGACGGAAGAAGAUCAUCAGCAGCUGAAACACGAUGAAGAACAAAACGAAGAAAGUGUCAGCGAAGUACUGACCGGUACGAGCGAUGCUGAAAGCGAACCCGAAUCGAUCUCGACCACUAUCGAAACCCCACGGAGCGAGAGUUUUGAAGCUAAUAAUCUUGACGAUAAAACUUCCCCGCAACUGUCACCUGGAGGUGAUGACAGAGAUGAAGCUGAAGAAGAAGAGGAGGAAGAGGAGUGUACAAACAACGCCACGAGCAACGGUACCUCAGCCGCGGCUAAUGGCAAAAAGAAGCGACGUAACAAGAGAUCGAAGAAAAGCCGACACUAAAAAGCUCAUUUUGAUCUCUUCGUUUCUGCAUUCUCUCUUUAUAAAUGAAUGUGUAAUGGAUGUCCUGCCAUUUUAAGUAUUUUUGUGAACUAUGUUUUAAAACCAACCUGCUGUUCUAUUCAUUUUUAAAGAAAUUUAAUAGAGCUAGAGUAGCAUAGCAACUGAACAUAUAAAUGUACAAGGACUCGCUGAUUAAUUUUAAAUUAAUGAUCGAUGCAUAUUAACAAGGUAUCAAUGUAUUUUCGCGUUUGGACGUGAAAUAAACUUAUCGCGUUUGUAGUAUACGUCAAAUUUUUUUUGUAUUAUUGUGAUAAGUGCGAUUCGAAUGCGAAGAACACAUUCCUCGGUGCCGCCCUUGAAUAUUUGUCUGUCUCUCGUUUAAGCAGCUGAACUUUUUACAUAUACAUAUAAAAAAAGAGUAGCCUAGAGAAAGUGAAAGAUUUUUCUUUGUUUUGUUUUGCUUUUCUCGAGAAUUAUUUAUACUUGCAUUUAUAAUAAGGGUAAACAAAUAUCAGAGCUCAGGCUUUUUAAACUUUUUACCUUUCUAUAAAAUUCUGCGAGUAAGCUUAGUAAUUUUUUAAUGAAAUGUAGUAGAAUGUUAACCUCGCGCUCUUUUUAUACAAAGAAAAUUACUGCACAUUUCUAUGCAUUAUGGUGUGUGCUUACACGAUUAUAAUUGAUCUAUCGACGUGAAAAUUAUUUGUCUUACUUUAUUAUUAAGUACAGAGAAUAAAAAAUGAAAAAUGAAUUUGUAAGGUUUAAAAAAUGGCAAAAUUAUGAGAUUCGGUAUUACUUAUAUUCUUAAAGUCAUUAGCUAGAUAUACUUAUGAUGUUACGUAAUGUAUUUUAACUUCAUGGUGUAAUAGAAAUUAUAUUCAUUAAAUAAUUAUUUAGCUGCCGUUAGACAGGUAAUAUUUUUAUAAAAACGUAAGGCCCUAUCCAAUUUAUGAUGUAAAAUUGCCUAUUUGAUAGAAGAAAUGUUUUAUUUUACGACCGUCGAUAAAAUUAUAGUCUACAUCAUGUUUCAGUAUGCGUUUUUUAAUAAAUUAGGACGAGACAUUUAAUGUUGAUUAUGAGUUUCUACGCGACGUGGGACCAGGAAAUUCGAAAUUAAUGUUUAAAAGCUUCAUUCCGGUAUUAAUGGAAUAAUUAAAUUUGCAGAUACAUUAUGCAUUUUUUUGAUGCGUUGAAUGAAAAAAUAACUUGAACUGCACGCCAG